UUCUUCCUGUGUUUUCGACUUGCACCAUUUCUUUCUUAGCAUCAUAAUCUUACAUCCUCACAUAUUUUUUUCUCUACAUUGGCUAGCUCUCUUAUCCCUUCAUUUCCUUGUUUUUCCCAUUCUCUUUGUGGUUCUUGUCUUCUUAACUGCAAAAACAUGUUACUAAGAAGCUCAUCCUCACCAAUUCCAAGUUCAUUGCUGUCCCAUUCCAAAGAAUCUUCCCCUGAACCAGACCCGAUUCUCCAGCUUCAUACAACAGUUGCAAGUCCAAGACAACACUUGACUGAGACACAACUUCAAAACCGAUCAUCAAAGCAUGAGAAGAAAAAUUGUUUACCACGUAGUAACGUCCUCAAGAAUCAACAGAGUAUCAAGGUAAAAGAAAGUGAUGAAGUGGAAUUCCCACGACAAAAUAUUUACAAGAAAGCAACACCUUCAGUUAGAGAACUGUUUUCAAGCUCUGGUUUAGAUAAGAAAGUUCUGAAUAAUCAUCAUGAAGAGGGUAGUGUGGGGAAGAAAGUUAGAAGAUUGCAGACUUUGGUGAUGGGUGGUGGGAUGGGGAGUGAUGAUGGCCGUAUAUGUGGUGGUUAUAAUGGUAGUGGAAGAGGCUCAGAUGGUGGACAUGGAAGUGGGUGGGAUUUCUUUGAAGAAAAUAAUCAUGGUAAAGAUAGGACUGAUGCUUAUUACCAGAACAUGAUUGAAGCAAACCCCGAUAAUUCUCUUUUGCUUGGAAAUUAUGCCAAGUUUUUGAAGGAGGUUCGUGGAGAUUAUCCAAAGGCAGAGAAGUAUCUUGAAAGAGCAAUUUUGGCUAACCCUGGCGAUGCUAAUAUAUUGUCGCUCUAUGCGGAUUUAAUAUGGCAAACAGAGAAGAAUGCUGAUCGAGCUGAAGGCUAUUUUGAUCAAGCUGUUAAAAGUGCCCCCGAUGAUUGCUAUGUCCUGGCUUCUUAUGCAAAAUUCCUCUGGGACGUUGAAGAAGAUGAAGAAAAAGACUAUUGCCAACCUAAAACUGAUCAUAGCCAUACAUAUCCACAGGAUUUCUUUCAAGGAACUAAUGGCCGCACUCAUUUUCCUGCAGCCUCUCAAUCUUACCACCACCAUGUUUCUGAGUGAAGUUGUGUAUCUUGCAAGACAAAUGAAACAUAUGAAGAGAGAUGACUGUCUAGCUGUAAAUUAAAUAGCUUAUGACAUAAAUAAGAGAAAGCAGUUUUCUUUGUGUUGUAUGCUAA